AUGUUGGAUAACCUUAUUGUCCUAUUUCCAUCGAUUAUUCAUGUUCUUGAAUUUACUGCACGUGAGUGUCCAAACUAUGCUGACAGAAUUGUUGCUGAAAGUCUUAUGGGUAAGAUUAAGGAAUUUGAUUUUGCUUUUAUGUUGCACUUGAUGUUAAAUGUUUUAACAAUGACAAAUGAGUUGAGUUGUGCGUUACAAAGGAUGGAUCAAGAUAUUGUCAAUGCUAUGGGACUCCUUGCUCUUACAAAGCAACUAUUACAAACGAUGAGGAAGAGUGGAUUUGGAUAUUUAAUGGAAGAUGUCUCUUCUUUUUGUGAUAAACAUGAUAUAAUGAUUCCAAAUAUGGACGCUCGCUACUUUCCUGGGAAGUCGAAGCGUAGGGCUCUUGAUGUUACAUAUUCUUAUCAUUUGCAUGUCGAUAUUUUUUAUGCUGUUAUAGAUUUGCAUUUUCAAGAGCUUAAUCGUUGCUUUGAUGCUGUGAGUAAUGACUUACUCCUCGGUAUGGCUAGCUUAAAUCCCGUUAAUUCAUUUGGUAAUUUUGAUAAGAACAGAAUAAUGAAGUUGGCCGAAUAUUAUCCGAAUGAGUUUGAUAGCAGCCAGCUUCGAGAUCUCAGUUGUCAGCUUGAUAGUUUUAUACUUUAUGCAUGUGGUGUUGACAAGAGGUUCUUCGGCUUGAAGGGAAUUAGUGAUCUUGCUAAAGUGUUGAUUAAGUCAGAUCUGCAUCAAACUUGGCCACUUGUUUAUUUGCUAAUCAAGUUGACUCUCAUUCUUCCUGUUGCCACAGCUUCUGUAGAACGAGCUUUCUCAUCCAUGAACUAUAUCAAAAGUGAACUUCGUAACAGCAUCAAUGACAAAUUUUUAAAUAGUUGUUUAGUUUGCUAUGUAUAG